UUCUGUUCCCACCAGCUCAUGGAGGCGCAUUGUGAUGUGCAGAAGCACAAAAUGAACUCACACGUGAGAAGUAGGUAGGAGGGAACACUACCUAGCUGCGAGUUUGAAGCUGGGCGCAAAUCUUAAGACGUUCUGCUGGCUCUGCUGGGAGCUGUGCAAGUGUCAAGGCAAUAUUUUAUCCCAGAAGUGCUCCUUAGUUGCAUUCUCUCGGCACACUGCGCAACGUGCUCGCGUUGCGGUCAUUGCUAACCCCAUUGCAGAAUUGCGGCUUCAGGGCGAUUAGACGUCCUCAAAGCAGUCUGCAAUUGGAGCUUUCCUCAAGGGCUGAUCAGAGAACGGCAGCACGGAUGGCGACCAUCAGUCCAUCGAGUGUUGGGUUAGGAAGCUUCAAUGUGCCGAGUCACUCAAUCUUGCAUUCAGCAGCGAGGCCAGAAAAUCCAGUUCAACCAACCCACACAGUUUCUCAAGCUAGGACAAAAGUUUCUAACUCCAGCUUGUUGGCGCCCAUAGAACACCACAUCGAUCACCGGUUUGCUAGUAGCUUCUGUCCAACCAUCCGCUGUGUUCAGCAAACGACAAGGUUGUUCAGAACCAAUGGCCCCCGUAAGCUCUUGGUGAGGUGCCUCUCAGUGGCCAGGACUUCAGAGGCGUCCACGGAGGCGGAGGCAUCCUAUCAUGUGCUGCCAGGUGGCGAGCAGCUGGAGGUCCUCGAGAAGAAGGCCAAAAAGACGGCUGGGGCUCCGAUAGUGUUCAUACACGGGUCCUACCAUGCUGCGUGGUGUUGGGAGAUGCACUGGAUGGGCUACUUUGCGGAGCAAGGGCAUGACACGUAUGCCAUCAGCUUGUUGGGGCAAGGAAACAGCACUGUGGUCGACGGCCCUGUGGGCGGGACCAUCUUCUCCCAUGCUGAGAACAUCGCUGAUGUCAUCAGGGCCAGAGUUGGGGAGCGGCCCGUCUUAGUGGGCCACUCGUUCGGAGGCUUGGUCGUCCAAGCAUACCUAGCAGGAGCAGCUAGUGCAGGUGACGCGGCUCGAGUUUUUCCUCCGUUAGCUGGAGCCGCACUUCUAUGUUCAGUGCCACCAACGGGAAACUCGGAAAUGGUAAAGCGCAUCACGAUGCGGACGCCCAUUGCUGCUAUGAAGCUGACGUGGAGCCUGGCCGCCAAAGGGUUCUCCAAGAACCUGCCGCUCUGCCGCGACAGCUUCUUCUCGUCGGACAUGCCGGACGCUGACGUCGCCAGGUAUCAAAAGCUCCUGGCCGGCAGCAGCAAGCAGCCGCUGAUUGACCUGCGGGCAGUAAGUCGCGACCUCCCCGUGAAGAAACCGCCCGAGGGGGAUCCCCCUGUACUCGUCAUGGCAGCCGCGGACGAUUUUGUGGUGGACAAGGAGGGGGGUGAGGAGACGGCCGCGUUUUAUGGGACGGAGGCAAUCGUGAUACCGAAAAUUGCACACGACGUGAUGCUCGACGUGCGGUGGAAGGAUGCAGCAGAAUACUUGUUGAAUUGGUUAGGCGAGCGCGGGCUAUGACAAGAAGACGUUUGUGUGAAUCAGCACGAACUGCAUCAGGCGUAGUAGAUAUUGACACUUGAGGACUAUCAUCCAUGUUGACUACGAGGACGAUGCAAGGCAGGCUGGCAGCAUAUUGUGUUCCAGACUUGCCAGAUUAACAGCCUCCUUUAAGGAGCUCUAUCUGGACAAGUAAAGCCAACAAACCUUCCUUUCUUGUGUUUGUUAAAUAGGAGGUCAGAAAGUUUGAUCGCGUUGAUGCAACUAGAGAAUUGACGGAAGAGGAGUAUCCAUCCUAGAUGCUCGCCAAGCAGCACAGCAACUUCUCAACUUCAAUGAGGUUUGGUCCGCCACUCGUCCGCUCUUGGAUUUAGUGCUUAACAUUAAGCAAACGUCCUUCCCA